UCGCUGUCAUCUGGGCUAAUUGCGAGUCUGAUACGGCUAUUAGGGCAUACCCACCUUUGCUACCUUGCUUCCCCACCCACCACCCUUUCAGAUCUCCGUCCUGGCUCCGCCUCUCGCCGGCGUUAUAAUGGGCUGGUCUGAAAGUGGUGGAGAGAGGCAGAACCACAGGGGAAGAGGGAGAUAAUGACAAUAACCCCAGUAACCCCCGUCACCCGGCUGUUGCCCGAGCCGCUGCGAGGAACCGAGCUCUGACGGGGAUAACCCGGACGACGAGAGAAGACCUCGGCGUCUCCCGGAGCAUCGCCGGACGGGAGCAGCGGGAGCGGCCCGAGGAGCGCCGGUCACCACCGGGGGCGGCGGAGGGGAGAGGCUCCGGUCCGACCCCAUGGAGCCGGCGGCGUGACGAGGCUGGGGAGUCCCUCGCUGCGGGAGGAGGACGCGGAGGUGGCAGCCGAAGCAGCCGCCGCCGCGGAGCUGUCCAAGCGGGUGCGGGGGCAGAGCCGCCCCUCCCGCCCCCCUCGGGGCCGCGCCGAGGGGCGGGGGUCGCCGAGCCAAGCAACGGGGCGCGUGGGGGCCGCUCCGCCGCCAUGAAGCUGGAGGUGUUCUCGCAGCACUACGAGGACAAGCUGAGCGCCGGCAGCGAUCAGGAAGGCAGCGGAUCGCUCUCCCCGGCGCCGGCCGACAGCGAGCUGGGAUCGGACGGGGACUGCGCCGCCAACAGCCCCGGCGGCAGCGCCGGCAGCUCCGGGCGGCCUCCGCUGCCGACCCCGGCCCCACAGCCGCCGCCGCCGCCGGCUCCGGCCGAGGGGGGCAAGGGGAAGCCGUAUACGCGGCGGCCCAAGCCGCCCUACUCGUACAUCGCGCUGAUCGCCAUGGCCAUCCGCGACUCGGCCGGGGGCCGCCUGACCCUGGCCGAGAUCAACGACUACCUGAUGAGCCGCUUCCCCUUCUUCCGCGGCGCCUACACGGGCUGGCGAAACUCGGUGCGCCACAACCUCUCCCUCAACGAUUGCUUCGUCAAGGUGCUGCGCGAUCCGGCGCGGCCCUGGGGCAAGGACAACUACUGGAUGCUCAACCCCAGCAGCGAGUACACCUUCGCCGACGGCGUCUUCCGCCGCCGCCGCAAGCGGCUGAACCGCGCCGCCCCGCCGCCGCCGUCCGCCCGCCCCGCCGCCGCCCCGCAGCCGCCGCCGCAGCCGCCGCAGGAGGCGGCCGGAGCGGGCGCCGCGUCCCCCGCAGCCACCGAGGAGGAGGAGGAGGCGGCGGCGGGCGGCGGAGGAGCGGCGGGCGGCGGCGCCAAGUUCUCCAGCUCCUUCGCCAUCGAGAGCCUCCUCCGACGGCCGGCCGGGCCCCGCGCCGCCCCGCAGCCCCCGCCGCCCGCCCGCCUCGUGUGGCCGCCUCCCGCCGCCCCGCACCUGCUGCCCGCUCAUCACUACCCGCUGCUCCCCUACGCUCAGCCCUCUCCGCCCGCGGCCGCUCUCUACGGCGGGGGCCUGGUGCAGCUGUGCGCCUACGGGCUGGGCGACCCGCCGCUGCUGCUGGGCGGCCCCCACGGGCAUCCCCAGGGGCAGCCGCCGGCGGAGCGACCGCGGGCGCCGCUGUUCGGCGGGGCCGCGCUCCCCGGGGCUUCCCCGCCCUACGUCCCGCUCCGAGCACCGCGGCCGGCGGCGGGGAGCUCGGCUCCGUUCCGCCCGUACGCCGUGGAAACCCCCCUAGCGUAACCCAGGAGAGGGCAGGGAGCUCUGGAUCCCGCACUUUAACUCCCAAAGCCUCCCGGCGGACGCCUCGAUGACUGUGCCUUAAAGAAGUGAUGGCGGGCGUCACUUCGAACCAAGCCAAAUAAACUGCCCUCCGGGACAUAGCCAUGAGCCUUAAGUGCUUCUUACUGUGCGCUGGGACCGCUCCGCUUCUGCCUUCCCCUCUCCGCCCCUCGAGGUUGCGCGAGUGGGGGGGGAGGAGGGGCGGGGGCUGCUGCGGGGCCGUAGGUCCGGGCCGCAACGCCGCGCAUCACUGUGCCAAACCCACCCCAACCUCCCCCUUUUUAUUUUGUUUUGUUUUGUUUUGUUUUUCUCCUGCCCGGCACCCGACACCUCGUGGGAAAAGAGGACCUUAAGUUAUUUAUAAAAGCAGUGUUUUUCACACGAGGAGAGUGCCGCUUUUUUAAUUAAUUAUUGUUGGGGAAAGGGGUGUAGAAGAGCGACGUCACCUGUGCUGUUGUACACCCAACGCCGAGCCCUCUACUGCUUGGAAACACUGAUUCCUCUCGUAUUUUAUUUUGAUGUUUGUAUAUAAUAGAUGUGCGUGUGCCCAACGCCUCCGCUGCCUUUUUAUUAUUAUUAUUAUUAUAGCGAAGGACAACGGACAUAACCCGCUCGUCAUCUCCGAGAGCAAGGCAAAGGAGCGGGCUCCGGUUGCCGGGUGGGCGAAAUCUCAGCGCCGGGACUCAGUGGGAGUGUUAGAGGUGACAGAACACAUUCAGCCUUCGGCUGUUCCCGAAGCGCGAUGUGUUCGGGCUGCUCAGCACCACCACGAGAGAUCGGGGCAGCCUCAGAAAGACGGAGCUGGGAAAAGGAGAGGGAGGGUUUCAGUGCCCGGGGAACAGGGUAAGAAGUGAGUUCUUCCCCCAACUCAGAGCGCUUUUCUUUUUUUAAUUAUCAUUUUCAUUUUUCUUAUUUUUUUUUAACUUUUUUUUUUUUUUUUUUGGAAGCUCUGAAAUGGUCGUUUGGGGUAGGUCUGCUUGUUCUCAUAAUAGUAAUAAUAAAAAGGAUGAAAAACGAC